ACCAGAAUUUUCCUACCAACGGUUUUGCUUCAAAGCCUCAGAAACUCCAUCUCCACCUAUAUAAAAAAAAAACGUCUUCAUUCCUCAUCCAAAAAUCCCAACAAUUAAUCCACACACAAAUGGCAACAACAACAACAACAAAACUGAAACGCUCUUCUUGCCUUCAAUCCAUCAAGAGCCAAAAGGCCGUUUUGAACACCCACACCAACUUCUUCCAUUUCCUCUCAGAUGAACUCAUCUUCAUAAUCCUGGACUUCCUCACCCCAAACCCAAUUGACAGAAAGUCCUUCUCUCUAGUCUGCAAGUCCUUCUACUCCCUAGAAUCCAAACACCGCCGCACCCUGACCCCUCUCCGCUCCGACCACCUCCCCACAAUCCUGACCCGGUACCCAUCUGUCACCCGCGUCGAUCUCACGCUCUGCCCUCGGAUCACAGACGCUUCCCUCAUCACAAUCUCAAAUGCGUGCAAGUCCAACCUCCAAAGCAUCGAUCUUUCCCGGUCCAAGUACUUCUCCGGAGCCGGGCUACAGAGCUUGGCCCUGAAUUGCAAGAAUAUGGUGGAGAUUGACUUAUCCAAUGCGACGGAGCUCCGAGACUCGGCCGCUGCGGCUCUGGCCGAGGCCAAGAACUUGGAGAGGCUCUGGUUGGGAAGGUGCAAGAUGAUUACGGACAUGGGUGUGGGGUGCAUAGCGGUUGGUUGUAGGAAGUUGAAAUUGAUUAGCUUAAAAUGGUGCCUCGGUGUUGGUGACUUGGGAAUUGAGUUGCUUGCGCUCAAGUGUAAAGAUCUUCAAAGUUUGGAUCUGUCUUACCUGCCGAUCACAGAAAAAUGUUUACCGUCGAUCUUCAAGUUACCGCAUCUUGAGGAUUUGGUUCUAGAAGGAUGCUUUGGCAUCGAUGAUGACAGCCUUGCAGCCCUCAAACAUGGGUGCAAGUCGCUAAAGAAGCUUGACAUAUCAAGUUGUCAGAACAUUAGUCAUAAUGGUUUGGCUUCCCUAACUAGUGGUGGAGUUCUAGAGCAACUCGUAUUGUCCCAUGGCUCUCCUGUGACUCUUGCUCUUGCUGAUAGUUUGAAAAAGCUACCGAUGUUGCAGUCAAUCAAAUUAGAUGGUUGCUCAAUUACUUAUGCUGGACUGCAAGCGAUUGGAAACUGGUGUGUGUCAUUAAGGGAGCUGAGCUUAAGUAAAUGUCCUGGGGUGACAGAUGAGGGGCUCUCCUCCCUUUUGACGAAACACAAAGAUCUGCAGAAGUUAGACAUCACGUGUUGCCGAAUGAUAACUUAUACUUCCAUAGAUCGUAUUACAUUAUCAUGCACCGCACUCACUUCUCUUAGGAUGGAGUCAUGCACCCUGGUUCCAAGAGAAGCAUUCGUCCUCAUUGGGCAGAGAUGCCGUUUUCUUGAGGAGAUUGACAUAACAGAUAAUGAAGUUGAUGAUGAAGGUUUGAAGUCGAUCUCCAGAUGUUCAGAACUCUCCAGCUUAAAACUAGGAAUUUGCCUAAACAUAACUGACGAGGGAGUUGCUCAGGUUGGCAUGUGCUGCUCGAAACUUGUAGAGCUCGAUUUGUACAGGUGCACGGGAAUUUCAGAUUCAGGCAUUUCAGCCAUUGCUCGUGGUUGUCUUGGGCUCGAGAUGAUUAAUAUAGCUUACUGUAAAGACAUUACUGAUAGUUCACUAAUCUCAUUGUCGAAAUGCUCAAGUUUGAACACAGUAGAAAGUCGAGGAUGUCCUCUUAUCACAUCUUUGGGUCUAGCUGCAAUUGCUGUGGGAUGCAAGCAAUUGGUCAAGCUGGACAUAAAAAAGUGCAUCAAUAUUGAUGAUGCUGGGAUGAUCCCGCUUGCUCACUUCUCUCAGAACCUUAGACAGAUUAAUUUGUCAUAUACUUCUGUUACGGAUGUCGGGCUGUUGUCCCUAGCCAGCAUCAGCUGCCUGCAGAGCUUAACCAUCUUGCAUUUGAAGGGCUUGACCGCUAGUGGGCUUGCAGCUGCCUUAUUGGUAUGCGGAGGGCUAACAAAAGUAAAGCUCCAGGCAACCUUCAAGUCAUUGUUACCCCAAGCUCUUUUCGAACAUUUAGAAGCACGCGGUUGUCUGUUUCUGUGGAGAGAUAAAUUUUUCCGGGCUGAACUCGACCCUCAGUGUUGGAAAUUACAGUUGGAAGAUAACAUACCGUGAGUUACCUGAAGAAGCAGGCUCUCUUUAAACUCCUAAAAUAAGGUCCGGUUCUUUGCUAACCUGAAGAUGCCAACUACGUAUACUGUUUAUACAAAGUAGCAGUUAAUAUCCGCUUUUUUGCUUGGGCGCUUGGCUUUGUAAUUUCUCCUUCAGAAUCUCAAAACAUGUAUAAAAGAAGGUUUCAAGUGAAUGGAUUCUCUGGAAGUUGAGUUAUGAA